AUGGCUGACAAUGUCCAACGUCCGCGUCCGCCGCCAAAUCGCCGCAGAGAUAAAGUCCAGCUUUCCUGUGACCCUUGCAAACACCGCAAACUCAGAUGUGACAGACAACACCCAUGCGGAGCUUGCCUGAGACGUGGCCUGACCGACUCCUGCAAUUAUGCGACGACAUCUUCUACGCCCGAUGCUCAGCGACCCGUUCCUCCGCGUCAGCCCCUUAGCCUCCACGGCAGACUCUCUGAGUUGGAGAGCCUUGUCGUGUCGUUCAUGAAGGGCCAUUCACUCCCAAGUCCGCUUGCCCCGAAAUCGCUGAGAUCAAACUUGCUAUCAUCUGCAGAUGUAUCAAAGACAUCCCAGGAUGAAUCUGCAUCCAAAGCAGACCCCGGCACUCUAAAGCUGCACGGGUCUGGAAGCAGCUAUGUCCAGAGUAUUCAUUGGGAGGCCAUCCUUGCCAAAAUCAGAGGACUGAAGGAAGACUUGGCCUCGAAUGGCAAAGCCCCACCCGGCUCACACUUGUUCUAUGGUCCGAACCGACAUGCAACUCGAGAUGAAAUAAUCGCUGCCGUUCCUCCUCGUCCUGUUGUUGAUCGCCUCAUGGCCCUUCACUUCGAUUCCUACAUUGUUACUCCGUAUCUCAUUCAUAGCAAGAAGUUUCACCGAGAGUACGAGGCCUUUUGGAAUGAUCCUUCUGCCACCUCCAUCGCUUGGAUCGGUCUCAUGUUCUCCAUGUUACAUAUUGCUGCGCAGUUGCGGACCUUCAACAUUGAUUCCACCGACGAAAGAGCCCAAUCGCUCAAGACGGAAUACCUUAGCAUGAAGGAUGUGUUCCGGGAGAAGUCCGUCCAGUGCCUGAUUCUAGCCCGGUACACGACAGGGGGACCACAUAUCCUGGAAACCCUCAUAAUGAUCCUUACUGGAGAAUGUAUACUCUCGAAAGAUGGCGCUACAGAUGGCUGGCUUUUGAUCAGCAUGAUCCUUCAUCUUGCAGUGCGGAUGGGCUAUCACCGGGACCCUGAUCACUUUCCAGAAAUACCUCCAUUCGAAGGUGAGAUGCGUAGGCGCAUCUGGACUACAAUCCUUCAGUUGGAUAUUAGUCUCUCUUUGGAAAUGGGCCUUCCUCGAAGCGCUACAGAUACGCACAGCGAUACAAAACAACCGAGUAAUCUACGCGACUGUGAUUUUGAUGAGGACACAACCGAGAUGCCAAUGCCGAGGCCGGAAACAGAAUGGACCCCAGUGCUCCCUCUCAUUGCACGAGGGCGACUGGUAACAGCUCUUGGAUUGAUCUGCGACCUCAACACCAAUAUCACUCCCCCUUCGUACGACGAGGUCAUCAAGGUCGAUGCACUUCUUGAAGACGUGCACAAUCGUGUUAUUUCGCCUAUAUUGUGCUGGGAAACUAUGCCACAUCCCAUCACGGAUAGCCCAAACCUGGUAAUACAGAGGGUAAGCGUGCAAACGACCUACCAUAAGUCACGCAUCCUCCUGCACCGGAGAGCUUGGAUCAGCUGCCCAGCUCAAAGGUCUCAGAUUACGGACAAGGAGUCGGUGCGAAUUUGCUUGGAAUCCGCACUCAGGAUUCUAUCUUUUCAACAGAUGCUUCACGAAGAAUCCCAACCACUUGGUCGUUUGUGUCAGCUUAGAUGGAAGGUCACCCAUAUUUUCAACCAAGAUGUCCUCCUCGCAACGAGUAUGCUUUGCCUCUACCUUCAAGACGUCGAUAAAUUUGAAUUUCUUGAAACUUCAGGAGAGUCAAAGCGGUCGCCUAGGGUUGAAGAGAUUCGACAACAACUAACGAUCUCACUCAAGAUCUGGCUUCAAAUGAGUACUACAUCACUACAAGCCAGAAAAGUGGUAAAUGCUCUGAAUAUCGUGCUUGGAAAUGCAGAAGCGCCAGUCGUGGAUGGUAGCGUACCCGCUUCCUAUGACCUUCUGAUGGACUUUGACGAUAUACCUCUGAGUGAACUUAGCGAAACGUUUAACAAUCAUUGUAAGAAGUACAGUCCUUCAAGUCAACCAUAA